AUGACCCCACCACCUGGAGUAUCUCACCAACCUAAUGAAGUAUGUCAUCUUCGUCAAGCACUGUAUGGGCUUAAACAAGCACCAAGAACAUGGUUCUCCAAGUUCAGCUCUACCAUUUCAUCUUUUGGCUUUGCUCAAAGCUCAUAUGAUCCUGCAUUGUUUAAUCGAAAAACUGACAAAGGCAUCAUCUUAUUACUUCUUUAUGUUGAUGACAUGGUCAUAAUAGGAGAGGACUCUGAGGGUAUCUUGAAAUUGAAGGCUUCACUGCAUAGCAAAUUUGAAAUGAAAGAUUUGGGCUCUCUUGACUAUUUUUUAGGCCUUGAAGUCACUACUCAAUCUUCCGGUCUAAUUCUUUCUCAAAUUAAAUAUGCUUCUAAUCUCAUAACUCGUGCAAGAUUAACUAAUGAUAAAACAGCCGCAACACCCUUAGAGGUUAAUGUCAAACUUGGUAUAAAUGAUGGAAAACCUCUUAACAAUCCUACACUCUACAGAAAACUUGUUGGUGGGUUAAUAUAUCUGACCAUAAUUCGUCCUGAUAUAGCUCAUGCAGUUCAUGUUGUUAGCCAAUUCAUGGCCAAACCUCACACUAGUCACUAUGCAACAGUUAUUCGUAUCAUUCGCUACUUAAAGGAUCAUCUUUUUCAGAGCAUUCUUUUACCACGCACAUCUAAUUUUCAGUUGCGUGCUUAUAGUGAUGCAGACUGGACCGGCGACAUCAAUGAUCGACGAUUUACAACCGGUUAUUGCAUCCUUCUUGGUGAUUUCCUAAUCUCAUGGAAAAGUAAAAAGCAAGCAACUGUCUCUCGCUCCAGCACCGAAGCAGAAUAUCGAGCUCUUGCUGAUACUGUCUCUGAAAUCAUCUGGCUUCGUUGGCUGGGUUUGAAAAAGCAGCGAGGAGAAAGGAGGAACCUUACUGGUUUAUCCUGUAAAUCAGUAAAUAUAUUAGGCAUUGCAAUUUUCUCACUGAAUUCUGUUCAAGGAAUGCACAAACUUGAUGUUUGUGUUGGUUGCUCAAGAAGCUGGUUGAAGAUGACGAUACUUUUCAGUAUGGUGAUGUUUGAUCCAAAAUUGUUUGUCAUUUCUGUGUUGUUGCUGGCCACUCAGCAUCCUAUAUUACUUUUUGAUGGCAACCUGUAUCGCUCCGAACCUGUGGAUGGCUGCCUCGCAAAGGCAUGA